AUGGCGCCCUCAAACAGUGGCUCCGAGUCUAAUGAUGACUACCAUUCCGACACUUCGGAUCUGAACAAGCUCGAAACCGAAGAUCGUGCCCCCAAACGUCGACGUCUCUCUGAAUUCGACGAGGACGACGAGGACGGCUUUAUCGCGCCAGCGCCGCUCCCCACCCUUUCCCGAAUCAAGAAGAAGGAUGAAGUCAAAAAAUCCGAGACGACAAAGGAAGAGGAGCCCGUCACCAUCCGUGAGGCUCUUGAAAUUGGGCUCCGAGCGGAGCAAUCGACCUUUGGUGCUUUGAAUGUAUCACCUUGGCUGGUCGGAUCCUUGACAACCAUGGCUAUCCGACGACCGACGGCGAUUCAAAAGGCUUGUAUUCCAGAGAUUUUAAAAGGGCGUGAUUGUAUCGGUGGUAGUCGAACUGGUUCAGGAAAGACCAUGGCUUUUGCUGUCCCUAUUAUUCAGAAGUGGGCUCAGGAUCCGUUUGGCGUCUUCGCUGUGGUCUUGACGCCGACGAGAGAGUUGGCGCUCCAAAUCUUUGAACAGUUCAAAGCCAUCUCUGCGCCCCAGAGCAUGAAACCAAUUCUUAUCACCGGAGGUACCGAUAUGCGACAGCAGGCUAUCGAACUUGCAUCGCGGCCACACGUGGUCAUUGCGACUCCCGGACGAUUGGCGGAUCACAUCAAAUCAUCUGGUCAAGACACGAUCGCCGGUCUGCGCCGCGUGAAGAUGGUUGUGCUCGACGAGGCCGACCGACUGCUUGCAAGUGGACAGGGCAGUAUGCUCCCCGACGUGGAGACCUGUCUAUCAGCCGUGCCCCCGUCAUCCGAACGACAAACCCUCUUAUUCACCGCAACCCUGACGGCCGAGGUGCGAGCCCUGAAAUCGCUGCCCCGUUCCGGAGACAAACCCCCCGUCUUCGUGACGGAAAUCUCCACCGAGAACCAAGGCAGUAUUCCUCCCACUCUCAAACAGACCUACCUCAAAGUGCCAAUGACGCAUCGCGAAGCCUUCCUGCAUGCCCUGAUCUCCACCGAGGAAAACAUCUCCAGACCGGCCAUCAUCUUCUGCAACCACACCAAGACGGCCGACCUGCUGGAACGCACUCUCCGUCGCCUCGGACACCGCGCCACCUCCCUCCACAGUUUACUCCCCCAGUCCGAACGAACCUCCAAUCUGGCUCGGUUCCGCGCCGCUGCGGCCCGAAUCCUCGUGGCCACGGACGUGGCAUCCCGUGGUCUCGAUAUUCCCAUCGUCAGCUUGGUCAUCAACUUCGACGUGCCUCGAAACCCAGACGACUACGUUCACCGAGUGGGUCGUACUGCGCGUGCGGGACGCACCGGUGAAGCCGUGACUUUGGUGGGCCAGCGCGACGUGGAGCUUGUACUUGCGAUCGAAAAGCGCGUGGGCCGGGAGAUGGUCGAGUGGGCCGAGGAGGGUGUUAACAUUGAGAGUCGCGUGACGAGAACCACGAUGCUCAAGGACGUGGGCUCGGCGAAGCGGGAAGCUGCCGGCGAGAUUGAAGAGGGACGAGAUGUUCUGGGUCGUAAGCGCAACAAGUUGAAGAAGGUUCGGUGA